AUAAACAACCUGAGCAGAUCGCUGGUCAAAGCCACAGAAUCUAAAUAUAAAGUAGUGAACAAGCUGAUCUGGACGCUUCCCUCUGAUCUCUGUGGAUUUACUGAAACUACUUGAACGCUUGUUUUUUAACUUGUUGUCAUCGCUGCUGAAUCUUAUUUGUGACUCGAGUCCUUGGCUAAUAGCAGCUAGCUGUUAGCAGUGCUAGCUCCACAGUGGAAACAGGAACUGUCUCUGUGACAAAGUGAGGAGGAGAUUACUGAGCCAUGUCUGGACCGAACGGAGACCCGAGCAUGUCUAUGGAGGACGGCAUCAUUAUCGAUGAAGAUGAUUUCGGUGAUGGAGAGUACAAUUCCAUCAACUCCAUGCUUGAUCAGAUCAACUCCUAUCUCGACGGCAUAGAGGAACGCAACGACGCGCUCAACGGCAAAAUGCACGAGCUGCUGGAGUCAAACCGACAAGCCCGGCUGGAGUUCAGGGCCCAGCCAGGUGGCUCUGACAACCAGGAGGAGAAUCAACCCUCAGACAGAAAGGAGGAGCUGAAGGAAGAUGAUGGAGGCUCGCAAAUGAGCGACAAGAGCGAGUAGACAAGUGGGGACCAAAACAUGCAGGGAUAGAAAUAUUUAUUGAAGACGUCUCCACUGACCCAUGAUCUGCGUGGUCCAUACCUGUGAAUAUUCACCCUCAUCUGCAGACGUGUGCUCGACUGUGCUAUUUUGAAUCUCCUCGAUCUCUGAAUGCAGUGCAGUUUAUCUCCUUUGUUGAACAGUAGUGCUCCGGUGUGUUGCUCCCAAGCAGAGUGGAGUAAAUUGACCUCCAGCAGCUUCUCAUACAUGUUGGACAUUACAGUUACUUUACACUCUGGUUGCAGAAAUGAGCUUUGUGAAUUGUGAAAUGAGUUUGCCAUGUGAAAAGCUGCAUCCGUCAGUUCAGAGUUGCUUAUGUUCAUGUGAGACAUCAAGGAGAGAGAGCUCCCAGAAAUAUAACUAUAAAUAAUAUAAGAAUAAUAUAUAAAUGAUCUGAAUUAAUAUUGUGGCAUCAUUACUAAAUAAAACAAAGUUUAAACUACAGGCUCAUGUUCAGAUUCCAGAGAUUUGACUACUGAACUCUGAUGUCAAAACUGUUCAACAAAUUAACUGUAUGUUAAAAAGGUCAUUUCAGAUUUCCAGCAAGUCCUCAUGACCCAUCAGUGUUGUGUUUUUGCAUAGAUUAAAAAUCUAUGUAUGUUAUCUUCCCAAGAAAAAAUAUAUGCAACAUUCCAUUUGUGUACUAGUGUUUAAUGUUUGAUCUUUAUCGUGACUGUAGCUCUAAGCAGUGCUGUCCUGCUCAUUUUCAUGAAGUUCGUUGUUUCUGGUUAAAAACCGAGUCGACAAACUGGGAAUUGUCAGACAUUUUAAUUUAAAUUAAAAGGGACCCCCCCCCCCCCAAAAAAACAGAAAACAAACAUCCAAAAAUACAUUAAACUUCCAGCAAUUAGAAAACAUCAACUGCUUGUUUGUUUGUUCAACUCAGUUUUGUCAGUAGCUGAAUAAAAAUACAAUAAGAAACAUACAGCUUUGUUUGAAAUUAUCUUUUGCACGCCCGUAUCUCCGUUUCGGAGCCGAAGCCUCGUGUCUCGUUCUCGUAAGACAGAAUGUCGUACAAUACUGAUCACGUGGCGACGGGAGUUGCUACGCCUCAGGCAGCCGUCUGUGGUUUAAAGCAUUCUCCUGUAAUGUGGAAGAGGAACUGUUUCCAGAUCAACACACAAGUCAUGAAGGAAAAAACACAUCCUCGAAUAAAUAUGUGCGUCUUGUACCUCAUGACUGAUGAAAUCCUGAAACCAAUGAAAUAUUUGUAUCAUCUGUAACUGGGGUACUUCUUUAGUACUCUUGUUCCUGGUGAUUCACGUCUGAGCUGAAGAUUCACAAUAACACUUUGUACUCAAUUAAAUUCCUACAGACGU